AUGUAUGAAUCGGAGCUGGCUCCUGAAGCGUACAAGGAAACGGAGAGGCAGCAUCCAAGAGCAGUUCACGUGGUUUCUAAGAAGCAUGUGUUGGCAUGCAGUGUUAAUCUUGUUGGUGGUGAUCAGAACGAAAAGAAGAAGCCUACAAUGACUGAAACUGUGACUGCCGGUCAGAAGUUGUCACCAUCAGAUGAAAAAAUCCAUGCGAUUGCUUCAAAAUUUCAAGGCCUCACCGUUUCAGCCCCGACAGAUUCACAAACCAUUUCUGGCCAGGAAGCUCCACAACCCUAUUUUGGAGAGCAAAUUUGGAAUAAGGGUGUUUCGGUGGAGUAUUUGAUUCAUAAGAAUGAGCCAGGGGAAGAUGAGAGAGCACUUUCUCAAGUGAUAUCGUCCGGAGACAAUGAGUCCCAGAAGAACUCCUGGUGAUAUGGGUGUGGUGGAGAAGGUGAAAGAGGCUGUCACUUCUUUGCCCCGGAAUUAGUCGUCCAAAUACCGUACAACUGCAAAUUCAGCUACAAACACGCAGAUUUCCGCCAAUGCAUGUUCGGUGGCUAAAAGCUAACCAUCACAUCGAUCUUCCGAUCUCCACCAAUGCUCA